AAAAGGUGAUACAUCGUUUUCUAACAUAUCAUUUUGUAUGCCAAAAAUAAUUAAUGAUGAGAAGCUUUAAAUGUAAAAUAAAAAUAAAACAACAACAUCUUAAAAGGGUCUAUAAGAUUCUUAGCAAAAUAUUCGUAAUAUGGAAGAAAAUGAAGAAAAAUAAUCAUAAAAUAAAAAAGUUGCUAUUUUAAAUAAAAUAAAAUUAAAUAAUACGAAUUUUCAUAUUAAAAAGUUCAUUUAAUUAAUCAGAAAUUAAACCUCUUUAAGGAAAAUAGAAUAAUUAUCAAAAUAAGAUUUUUAUCAUUUAAAUGAUUUAGUUGAUUAUAAUUCUAAAUAAUUAUAAUAAUUUACAAAUAAACUUAGUUUUAAUUCAUUUAAAAACUUAUUGGUAUAAUAAAUUUAUUUUUUAGAAAACAAAAUACCUGUUUUUAGUCCUACAGAUCCAAUAGUAAUAACUUGGGAUAUAUUUUAUUGUUUUUUGACAACUUUAUUUUUAUAUUUAUAUUCUCUUUUUUAAUUUUUUUGUGAUUAAAAUGAUACAUUUGAAGUGUUUGUUUCUUAUUAUCCUUUUAUUUUAUCAAUAUUUUUUAUCGAACUUUUAUUUACAUUUAAUAAAGCUUAUUUUUAUAAAGACCAAAUAGUAAAAAGUAGGAAAAAAAUAGCUCAAAAAUAAUUAGAAUCAUAUUUUUUAUUUGAUAUUUUGAGUAUUUUUAUUAUUCUUUUGGAAAUUUUGAAUUUCAAAAAUGCUUAAAGAUUUUUAUUGAUUUAAUUUUUGUUAAAUACAUUAGUCUUUUUAAGAAUUAUUGGUGUUUUUAAAAAAUAUUAUAAAAUAACUUAAAUUAUUACUUUAAGUGAUACUUAAAGCUAUCUUUUGAAACUAUUUAAUUUAAUUUUUAUGAUUUUUUUUGUUGCUCAUUCAGUUUCUAUUGGUUGGUAUUUAUUAGGUAAAUCAUAAAAAGAUAAUAACUUUGAAAUUUAUUGGAUGAAAAAGGUUAAUAUUUUGGAUUUGAAUUGGACUUAAAAAUAUAUUUUUUCGUUAUACUGGUCUUUAACAACUAUGACUACAAUUGGAUAUGGUGAUAUUACUCCUACAAAUUCAUAUGAAAUAAUAUUUACAGUUAUAAGUAUGAUAUUAAUGAGUUGUUUUUUCGCUUAUUCUAUAAAUAAUAUAGGAAUGAUAUUAUAAUAAAUAGAAAAAAAUUCUUAAGAAUUAAUAUAAGAUACACUAAUAAUAUAGAGAUAUUUAGACCGAAAGAAAAUAAAUAAGUAACUAAAAACACGAAUUACGAAUUAUUUAACAUAUUUAAAUGACGAAAAAAGGAAUAGAAAUAAAGAAGAAGAAGAAAAAGUAUUCCAAAAACUGUCAAAUAAGCUUCGAAAAUAAAUAACAGUCGAAAUAAACAAAAACAUAUUGAAAAAACAUUUAAUAUUUAGUUACAAUUUUUCAGAAAAAACAUUAAAAUAAUUACUCUUUUUAAUGGAAGAAGUCUUAAUAUCUCCAAACGAAAUAAUUUUUAAUGAAGAAGAUAUAAACGAUUAAUCAAUUUAUUUUAUAGAAAAUGGAACUGUGGAAAUAUUUAAUCCUGGAAUUCAUAAUAUGAAAAAAAAUAGUGUGUUAAAAUAGUUAAAAUAAAAUUAAUUUUUUGGAGAAUUUUCUUUUUUUUCUGGACUUGCAAGAACUGCUUCUGCACGAAGUGUCAACCUAUCAACUUUAUAUAGAAUAAAAAGAGAAGAUUUUUUGAAUGUAGUUUAAGGAAAUAAAUAAGAUUUUGAAAGAUUUAAAAUGUUAGAAGAACUUUUAAGAUUUUAAAACUAAAGAAAUUUUUUAAAUUAAAGUUGCUAUAGUUGUGCUGAAAAUACACAUUUUUUAAAAAAUUGUCCAAAAACACAUUUAAAUAUAGACUCUUAAUUUAUUACUUUGAGGUAUACAUAUUCAAGAUUUUAAGAUAGGAAUGAUCAAUUUAUAAGAAAAAGCAAAAAAAAAAUAUAUAAAAGCCUCUUCUUUAUCAAAAAAAAUAGAGAAAUAAUUCGGAAAUUAAAAAAAUAUAUAAGUGGAGUAUUUGAAGUAUUUAAAGUAUUUUUUGAAAGUUCUGAUAGUGAAAUUGAAAGUGAAUUAAUUAUUUCAGAAGAAAAUUCUUAGUUAAAUUCUUGCUCUGAACAAGAAUCUGAGUUUAAAAAAAAUAAAUAUAAUAUUCGGAUUAAUAGAGAAAAUUAGAUUGAAAAUAAAAGCUAAUAUUAGAAUGAAUUUUAAAAUGGUAUUAAUAAAGAAAAAGAAAUUAUGUUGAUUCUAUAAAAAUUUAAUGAAGUAAAAAUUUAAAAUAAUAAUGAAGAUUUCUAUUUUUAAUAAUAAUUCGAAAAAGGAAAGAUUUUUACUAAAUUUUUUCCUCAUAAUAAUUUUGAUAAAGUACUUAAUUAAGUUAAAAAAAAUAAAAUUUAAUUAAGAUAUAAUAGAAAUAAAAGAACAAAUUUUUAUUUAUGUUAACAAAUUAAUAACGAUUUGGAAAUUAUUAAUAUUUUUGGAAAUCUUAAUAAUUAAUAAACUUAAAUAAUUAUGCCAUAAUAAGCAUCAUAUGGUGUUUAUCUUAAAAAAAAAUAAAAAAAUCCUAUUUUUAAAAAAUGA